CUUACGGGAAUACAUCUAUCUAUUGUGAUUUACCAUUAAUCACAAGUUUUUAGCUGUGUAUCAAUACUCCUUACGAAAGAAUGCCUGUUGGAUUCUUUGAUAAAUACUAUAAUGAAGAAGAAGGGGAUUCACCAGUUACUUUGAUUCACAAUACGAGUAAAGAGAAAACAAGUAAUCAUGAGUCAGGCCAAGAUCAAAUAGAACAGGAAGUUGACUUGGUUGUAAAGAAGCAUGAAAAAGAGCAAGAUAAACUUGAUGAAAUUAAAUCACGUAUCUUACAGGCUGCUAAUGAAUAUAUGGUAUGGUAAAUCAAUACAUUGGACAACGAAGCUUAUUGUCUUUUUGACAACUGCAGUAUGAACAAGAGCAAAAUGCCAAUGAGAAACACGCAAUGAUGAAGAUUCGCUUACAAGAGCUAGAAAGCCUUUUGCCAUCGAAAAAGAAGAAUAAAAAGAAGCAAAAGGACGAUACAAGUAUAGAGAAAAACGUUGAUGUAAAUGCAGUCAUGAAAGAAGUUAAACAUAUAAAAGAUAAUCUGAGCAGUCUUGAAAUCGAUUGGGAAUUUGACCAAAGAAAAGCAAACGAGCUAUAUUUAAAAAAGCUCGAGCUAGCAGCUGAAGAAAAGAGAAAAAUACAAGAGGAAGAGAUCAAAGCAAGAAAAGAAAGUGAGCAAGAAAAACCAAAGGAUAGCUGUGAUGUACUGAAUGAUGAUGUGGAAGAUGAUGAAGGUGAUCUGUUUGGCGGAUUAAUGGGAGAAGAAGAGGAACCAACUUAUGGCACUGAGGACGCAAAUCAGCUCAACGCUGCAACUAGUUGGACGAUUAUCGAAUUAUCUGUGCCUCAAUCGUGGAAAGGACAGUAUCCUAAAGAUGUUCUGGCAGAUUAUUGCAAAAGGAACAGUCUGGGAAAACAAACAUACAAGACAACAGAGCAUGGCUUUAAUACAUGGCGUUCAGCGCUAAAGAUAGCUCAAGAUAAACAUCCAAAUGAGCCCUUAUGCUUUGAGUUGCCAGAAGGUCUGGCGACCAAUAGUCGAAAGAACGCAGAGAAUCUCAUAGCGGCAUAUACUCUAUUCAGCCUAGAUCCAAAUACUUCAAUUUACAAGGCUAUUCCUACAGUCUAUAAAGACCUGUGGCUAGGAUGGCUAAAUGAAAAGCAACUGAAAGAGGAAGGGCCAAGGAUUAAAAUGGAUAAGCAAAGGUUUACAUUUAUAACCGACCUUGUAAACAAUUCUUUUAUCAAGUUAAAUCAUGACGAUAUUGUAAGUCUGACUUAUUAUGUAAUGUGCCUUGAUUUUAACCUGUAUCCUAGUCCGCUGACGACCGGUUGAGUCCUGAGCCCAAGCCUAAAAAAGAAUCGAACGUAACAGCCAAACAAAGCUCCAAACUAAAGUCCAAGUUCAAACAAGCUAAAGAGAGUUUUAAAAAUCGCAUUGAAACCAAACAGUACAUAGAUAUGAAGGGAAAAAGAAACGACCUACCAGUUGCUGCGUAUAGAGAAGAAAUACUCGAGUUGGUGAAAA